GUUUUCAUUCUAUUGUUCCCACAAUACAAAAUAAAAGUGACAAUUUCCCCAGGGAAAUGUCGGCCGCUAGUGUCCCGUUCACCCUAUCUCCUGUAUUUACCCUCAAAAUGUCAGUAGCACAUGAAAAAUGCCUCUUCAAGCAAGAACAAGGCAAAAUUUUCAAUUUUCCUAAUUUACAUGGUGCCUUCAACAGUGACCAUCAACCGAAUGAUAAAAACACGCAUAACAUCGGGUACAACUGGCAAGGUCUGUGACUGGUGCGAUAAAACCGAAAAAAAAGGGGGGGAAGCACCCAGAGAAAUUAAAACUCCAAUGACCCCGAGAGUGACAGUCACGUCAAGCGUUAUCACUUUUUUUCGCCUCCCUUGUCACCCAGUUCCCCUGGGGGAUUCACCUUCGAGGAAACGACGCGAAAACCUUGUCAUUUUAAUCUACCAAACUGGAGGAGAUACACCUGCAUCGCGAAUUGCGCUAAGUGUUUAUGGCACUUCUGAGGUCAUGCCUAUAAUUUCUUGGAGACGAAGGCUGAAAACUUAUCUCAGAAGGUCUCCGGAUGAUAUAGUGACUUUGAAUUCUCUGAGCCAUAUGACCUUGUGCACGGAGUUGAGCCCUUCCUGCGAAGGGUCGAUUGCGUGAAUGAAUUUCAGGGAAAUGUCAAUGAUUCUCUUCGAAAUUUAUUAUUUGGAAAAUGCUGAAGUAGUUCAACAAACCUAAUGAUAAUGGACAAGAAAAUACUCCAAGCAAAAGAUUUAAUUAUAAUCAAUCUAUUCGAUAAUUAAUCGUAUCCUGUGGGCCCGAACCUGCCCUGUUUGCCGCUAGGGGAUGUGGAACCUGGUGCUGGCCCCACCUCACAUUUUCAAGGACUUCUAUUACCGAUUUAUGUUCUUUAAAUCACUCUUGAUUAGUUCCAUCAUCUUAACCCAGAUUGAACAAUUUAUUAAAGCUCUAUUUCAUCUCUUUCCACCAGAUGUUUGUUCUAAAUUCAUAGUGCAAAUUUCAACCGUAUUUUAAUAGUUUUUUCAUCGCUCGCGUGCUUGUAAUUGAUACAAUUUGUUCGACUCAUUACGACUUCCAGCGUUAUAUGUAAAUUACCAAAAUGAUGAUGAAUAUUUUAUUGAAUAUAAUCCGCAGAUGUCAAUGAUCCCAUAUCUCCCACUCCGUCCUACGCACAACGAUGGCCGAGUAACAUUGCCCUUUUAUAAUUAAAAUCCGAAAAGAGUGAAAAGUAAAAAAAAAAUUCAUUGUCUCGUGGAAAUACAAUUGUCGAAAAGCAGAGCGGGGGAGGAGGAGUUGCGAUGUGAUAACAAAAGCAGCCGGUCGGGAGCUGUCUGGGUAUCCUCCAUUGGGUUAGACCGACGGGCACGAGGACAGGGCUGCCUAGAGUGGGAAAAUAAUACAUAAUAAAAUACCGAGGGAAUAUAUAGCUGGGUUUGUGCGACGGGAUUUCAGUUGUUACAUUGUUGAUAAUGGGACCGCGGUGAAGUGAAAUUAUUUCAACACGUAACGUUUAUUUGAGCGCUUGAUAUGUACAAAAUUCUACUGUUCCUGUUGACCCUCACCCGGAUUGAGUCGGCCAUCCCCAGUAUUAGUGAUGUUUUGCUUGGCAAUGCUGGCAAUGCUCUGCAAUCUUUCAUGACAAAAGUCCCAGAGGACUACCGAGUUUAUUGGAAUGUUCCCACAUUUAUGUGUCACAAGUAUGGAUUGCAUUUCGAGGAGGUUCAGAGGGAUUACGGAAUCAUUCAGAACAGAAACGAUGAUUUUAGAGGGGACAAAAUUGCUAUUUUAUAUGAUCCCGGAUAUUUUCCAGCCAUUUUGAAGACACCAAAUGGCUCCAUGUACCUGAGAAAUGGGGGAGUACCUCAAGAGAGUGACAUUCAGAAGCACCUGGAGCUCUUUCGAGUCCACGUGAACGAGCAGCUAUCCCAGGACUUCAGCGGAGUCGGAAUCAUUGACUUCGAGAGCUGGAGGCCGAUCUUCAGGCAGAAUUGGGCCUCCCUGGCGCCCUAUCGGGACUUGUCUAUAGACAUUGAGCGAAAAAAGCACAUUUACCCCGAUCAGAAGAGCAUUGAACGAGCGGCGAUCAGGAGGUUCGAGGCGGCCGGGAGGAUGUACAUGCAGGAGACGAUAAAACUCGCGAAAUCCUUGAGGCCCCGGGCCUCAUGGGGGUAUUAUGCCUAUCCCUACUGCUUCAAUCUGACGCCUCGACAGAUGAACUGGAGGUGCGAUGAAAAACUGAAAGAUGAUAAUGAUCGGAUGCAGUGGCUCUGGCCGCUCGAGGAUGUCCUCUUCCCGUCCGUAUACUACAGAAUGUCGUUAUCUAGCAAUCAAAUAAAUGGACUGAUAAUCGGAAGAAUCCAGGAGUCACAGAGACUCAUUAAAAAAUAUUCCCUGUCUUCUACGAUUUUACCGUACUUCUGGUACAGAUAUCACGAUCGGGAAAAUAAAUUACUCUCCCAGGCCGAUGUCCGUGACAGUUUCAGUGCGAUGGCGCGCAACGGAGCAAGUGGACAUAUUAUAUGGGGGAGUUCGGGGGAGUUUACAUCGAAAAAGAAAUGUCAGGAAUUCAGGGAUUACCUGAAUAAUGUCCUGGGACCUGCAGUGCUAGAACUAACUAAAUUCUCGCCGAAGUUAAGCGAGCCCUCCCGAGACAUUGAAAACAUCAUCUCCGAUGAACAUUUCAGGAACAAAACGGACAAAUAGAAGAUUUCGCUUUAAUCAAUAGAUUGAUCAAUUUAUUGGCAAUAAAUGAAAGUAAUUUUUUUUCGU